AUGUUGCCACCACACACAGCGUGGAUUUCGGGCCUAUUACUCACCUUCGCCUCGCUGGCCCACUGCGGCACUCUCACCUUCACAGACCCAAAUGGCGAUGGACAAUGUUACGUUCAGCUAGACGGGCUCCUCGAAUGCACGGGGAUAACAUCCGACUCGAUCGGAGAGAUUAAUUGGGAAGGCUACUGCUCAAAAUUCGAUAUGAUGCCCGAUAACUCGCCAACAUCAAAGGUCCAAGUCUGCGACAAACAUCUAUAUGUGACAUGGUCCAAGGACCUCUGGGGCAACCACAUUGCACAUUUCCAAUUAGGAGAACCAUAUGAGGAUGAGCGACUUGACCUCAUCGGGGUCAUGAAUUAUGAGACGGGACUGCCUAAUAAUGUUGCUGCCACGACGCCGCUCCCGUCGUGGUGA